GUUUUUAGUUUACAGAGCGUUGUUUGGUGUUCAGACAUGUCCUCGAUUGUAACAUUAGUGUUUAAUACCACCAUCGGUUGGCUUGUGAAUAAAGGAAGAGAUAUGACAGCAGAGAGGCUGAAAGAAGGCGACGUGGCGAAUCAAAAAAUCCGUGAUUUAAUUGUUCGUGAACUAGAGGAUAUCAAGUCGAAGUUGGACGGAUUAUCAAGAAAGGAUCUUCUGGCAGCUGUAGACUCCUUUAAAACAGGAAUCAGGUAUUUCUUUGAAGCAUUCGAUGUAAGACCCAGUAGCCAAGCCAAUGUGGGAAUCGCAGACGAGAAUCGUAGCGAACAUGACUUAGAAGAGGCAAUGAAGACAGUUUCUGUCGCCGCGGAAAUGAGAAAGUUGGAAGAAAUGGGUUUCAACGAAACGGUGAAAAACAACUUUUUGCAAGCCAAAAAGAGAUUCGAAAUGGCUCGUGAAAAAGCUACAGAGGCCUCCAACAACGAAGGUCUGAAGAUCUUUGACUGGAUCACAGCUAUUCGAUAUCGUGUCAUGGCAACCGUAUUAGAGUCAGUGGUAGAGACAGUGGGAGCCACAGGCGACAUGUCACUUUCAUCCUUAAAAAUUGCAUUGAAGAAUGCAUUACCAGAGUGCGAAGAAUGUCUUCAGAAACUUCACUCGCUUCCAGCUGUUCAGGACAACUUUAAAGUAGAGCUAGAUAAAGGUGUCCUAAAUGUUAGAGGUCGGUAUGGUAAAGAUGAAAGAAGAAAGAUAAUUUCCACGGUAUGCCAGGUAAAUCGCGCCAUCUACAAUGCGACAAGAGCAGUCGGUAGAGACACCUUGGUAUGGCCACUUGUCGACAUUGGAGAAGAGAAAGUUGACCCUCUGCGCAAUGAAAGAAUAUCAAAGGUACUGCAGAAAGUUAAUAUGGAGCACUGCUGUUUACUAUGGUCAUUUGGUCAGGAGGGUGAAGAGAAGCACAAGCUGAUAGAUCCGCGUGGCAUCGCUACAAAUACCAAAGGACAGUUCGUGAUAGCAGACUAUGAGGAUAAAACCGUGAAGGUGUUUGAUAGCAAAGGAAAGUUUGAUUUUAAGUUUAAUCCUCAAACUGAUGACACCCAUUCAAAGUUAUAUAUUUUGGAUGUUGCCACUGCACUCGAGGACGACAAUAUCCAUCUACUGGUCGAACUGAAGAAGCCUGAGGCUGAGAAAUGGGCCGGGGAGAGGGAAGUGCAGGUUUUUAACAAGAACGCUGACCUACAGCACAAGUUUCCUGUGAGGAGCGGGAACUGGGACGACAGACUAACUGUGAGCCGCGGCAAACAAAGCGGCAAAAUUCUGCUGUUGACACGUCACGUUGUUGAUGUUCACGAGCCGAGUGGCGAGUUUGUUUGUAGCUUUGGUAAAGGAGUGUUCAAGGAUGCAAGAGAUAUCACUGCUACUUGUGGUGGUCGCGUCAUGAUAGUAGACCAUUUCGAUCACAGCAUGUACAUAUUUGAUGUGGAAGGGCACCACCUUGGCAAAUUUAAUACCAAAUAUGAGAAAGAUGAUUAUUAUCGCAUUGCAUGUCACCCGACAAGUGAACAUGUCGUCCUUGCUGGUGAGGAACGAGAGAGAGGCCGCCUAACGCUGGCUGUAUACACUGUUAAUGGUGAAUUUGUUCGCAGAAUUCAGCUGGAUGAAGAAGUAGAUUAUGUAAUUAAAAUAACAGUGACCGUAGAGGGUCCCAUUGCUGUGGCUUUUGAACCCAAGCAUGGCAAAAUAAAGGUAACUGUUAUUUAA